ACCUCAAAAAUAAUGAAUGUUUAUCAAAUGAUUCUACUGAAAUAUUCAAUAAUGAUGAAAUAUAUGAAAUAAAUCAAGAUGAAAUGCUUGAAAUAGACGAGAGCAUUAGAGAAACUGAGCAAAAGCAUGCACAAUUGUCACAA